UGUUACUAUUUAGUAUAUUUUAUAGUUAAUAAUUACUAAAUAAAUAGUAAUUACUAAUUUGUACGUCUYAUAAAUUAAAUUAUAGAACAAGUAUCUUCAUUGAUUUUAUACCAAUUGAAUGAUUUAAGCAUUCAAUCGUCAGUCGUUACUUUGCUACUUGUUAGUGUUUAAAACUAUUAAUUUUGUACAGUUACUCUGACUACAGAUAAUUGCAAAUCAUCAAUUUAAAAAAAAAGCCAUACUUCAACCUUGGGUUCUCGUUAAAAUAAUUGUUGAGAAAUGUCUGCAGAAGACGUUUUAUUUGAUUUGUUACACUCAGAAAUUGUAUCGUAUUUAGUGUCCAAGUCCUCUGAGGACGAGGAUUUAUCAAUAUUAGAACACUUGGGUUAUUCUUGUGGUUGGCGACUGAUUGAAAGAAUAACAAAAGAACUGCCAAGGUACAAAGAAGAGCUAGAAGUUUUAAAAUUUAUAUGUACAGACUUUUGGUCAUGUGUGUAUAAAAAGCAGGUGGAUAAUUUAAGAACCAAUCAUCAAGGUGUCUAUGUAUUGCACGACAACGAGUUUCGCUUUUUUAGUAAACUGUCAAAUGGAACGCAGUACCUUAAAUCUGCACCCAAAUAUGCUACAUUUACUUGUGGUCUCAUUCGAGGAGCUCUAGAAAAUUUUGGAAUUUCAAGCAUUGUAACAGUUGAAAUAAUUAGAAUGCCGUCAUGUAAAUUCCACAUACAAGUACUUCCGUCUUCGUCUUAAUAAUUCAUAUACUCAUAUGGAAAAUCAAUACUAAUGAUUAAAUUUAAUAUCAAUUUUAGAAUUCAAUUAAAUGGUUUUCCUGUACUACUAAUACAAACAAUUAUUAUUAUAUUCUAUGUAAAAUAAUAAUAAUUCAUUUAAUUUAUAUAAAUCAUUUUCAUUUUGAACUAUGGUUUUAAAUAAGACAAGUCUGAAAUUUAUCUUUGUCAUACCAACCAAUUACCUGGUUUAAUUGCAUACAAUUUUUAUCAGAAUAUGUGUAAAUACAUUUGCAUUAAAGGUUUUUUUUUUAAUAUUUAAACCACACCUAAGAAAUUACAAAUAUCUGAAAAUGUAGUUGUAUAAUUAAUUUUAAAAUUACAAAUAUCAAUGUAACUUAAGUUUGACAAUUAUUUAGAUAAUUUAAAAUUGAUUUAUUACUUAGUAUAUUUUGGCAAUUAAAAUAYAUAUAGUGGUCACUGUACUCCAAACAGUUGUUUCCAGUUCCAAUUUAUAUGUAUACUUAUUACUUAUACAGCAAAGAAUUUCUUWUAGACUCGCACACCAAUUGAAGUCAUUUUGAACCUAAAUAGGGAAAAUCRAAAGGAGUUUUAAUCAAAAAUUAAUUAGCUACUUAGCAUAUUUAAUUAUUACUAUAUUUUGAAUAAAACAAAAUUUCUCCUAUUAAAUACUUACACAUAUUUUUAAUAUUAUACAUUUUUUUGGGGCUUUGUUGGCUUAUUCGAUUAAUGGAUUCAAUUAUUCAAAUGGUCUGGUCCCAAUUUAUCUAAUAAGCAGCGACCAUAGUAUAAUCAACCAGUAUUUUAUUUAAUUUAUUAUUAAUACUAAAUAAUAGAUAAUAGCAGGCAUUAAGAUUUA